ACCAAAGUACUAGGAAUUUAAGCAGGUGGAAUAGAGCAGAAGCUGCCCCGAGGCACAUCCUACCCCGCGCGCACCGAGUCCAGAAUCAACAGCGCUCCAGUUCUCUCGUUCCACUGUGAAGACGAAGGCCAUGGGCAGGUUCAUCUGCGUCGUCCUGCUGGCCCUCAGCUCUGCGGUGGCCCAGGACAUCCCCUCCAGUCCUCACGGCUGCACGGAGGGCAGCUGUUACCCGGCAACAGGCAACCUUCUGAUUGGCCGAGCCAGCAACCUGACGGCCUCCUCCACCUGCGGCCUGCACGGUCCGGAGCAGUACUGCAUCGUCAGCCAUCUGCAGGAACCCGAUAAGUGCUUCUACUGUGACUCCACGAGACCAAACGACGCCUACCACCAUCACCGCCACAGCCACCGUGUGGAGAACGUCAUCUACCUCAGAGACCAGAACGGAGAUCUAACCUGGUGGCAGGCUGCUAACGGAGUGGAAGGGGUUAGCAUUAGACUCAACCUGGAGGCCGAGUUUCACUUCACUCAUCUCAUCAUGAAGUUUAAGACGUUCCGUCCGGCCGCCAUGUUGAUCGAGCGCUCGGCGGACUUCGGCCGCUCGUGGAGGCCGUACCGCUACUUCUCCUACAACUGCACCCGCACCUUCCCCCGCGUGCCCACACACACCCUGCAGCUCAUCGACGACGUCAUCUGCGAGGAGCGCUACUCGGACAUAGAGCCCUCCACCGAGGGAGAGGUCAUCUAUAAGGUGCUGGACCCCUCCAUUCAUGUCAAGGACCCCUACAGCCUGGAAAUCCAAGAAAUGCUGCGCAUCACGAAUCUGCGCAUCAACUUCACCAAGUUGCACACGCUGGGCGACGACAUGCUUGACCGGCGUGCGGACGUGCUGCAGAAGUACUACUACUCCCUGUACGAGCUGGUGGUGCGCGGCAGCUGCUUCUGCUAUGGCCACGCCUCCGAGUGCGCCCCCGUGCCCGGCGUCAACAUCCGCCACGAGACUGGCAUGAUCCAUGGACGCUGCGUAUGCAAACACAACACAGAGGGCCUGAACUGUGAACGCUGCCGAGACUUCCACAAUGACCUGCCCUGGAGGCCCGCCGAGUCCAACAACCCACACACCUGCAGGGAAUGCAACUGUAAUGGCCACUCCCCCGAGUGCCAUUUUGACAUGGCCGUGUAUUUGGCCACGGGCAACGUCAGCGGAGGCGUCUGUGACAACUGCCUGCACAACACCAUGGGCCGCAACUGCGAGACCUGCAAACCCUUCUACUACAAGGACCCCGUGAGAGACAUCAGAGACCCUGCAGCAUGUGUUGCGUGUGACUGUGACCCGGUGGGCGCGGUGGACGGUGGUGUGUGUGACAGCCAUACGGACCCGGAGCUGAGCAUGAUUGCUGGACAGUGCCGCUGCAAGGUCAAUGUGAAGGGCACCCGCUGUGACUACUGUAAAGACGGCCACUACGGCCUGAGCCAGAACGACCCCCUCGGAUGCCAACCGUGCAACUGUGAUCCUCGAGGCAUCACGAUGAUGGGCUCCCCGUGUGACCAGAUCAGUGGAGACUGCUCCUGCAAGAGAUACGUCACCGGACGCUACUGCAACCAGUGCCUGCCGGAGUUCUGGGGCCUCAGUAAUGACAUCACCGGCUGCAGACCCUGUGGCUGCGACUUUGGUGGCGCCUACAACAACAAGUGCAUGAUGGAUAGUGGCCAGUGUGACUGCCGCCCUCACCUGAUUGGUCGACAGUGUUCCGAUGUGCAGCCAGGCUACUUCUGUGCCCCUCUGGACUACUACACAUACGAAGCGGAGACCGCAGUUGGACACUCCCCAGACGACCCCGCACUUCCUGGCCAGCCUCGGCCUCCAGCGGACACGGACUGCGUGGAGCAGCUGCACAACCAACUGAGGAGGGCCCGUCGCCAUGGCCACCGCCCCACCGCCCAACAACAGAGGGCAGUGGUGAGGAGGGCGCGCCAACUCCAGCAAACGCCUGACAUGAGUGUCGUGCCAGGUCUGCCAGGUCGUAUGGUCACCUGGACCGGUCCGGGCUUCGCUCGGGUCCGAGAUGGCGCUGGCCUGGUCUUCACCAUCGAUAACAUCCCCUACGCUAUGGAGUACGACAUCAUGAUCCGCUACGAGCCCGAGUCCACUGAAGACUGGGAGGCCAUCGUGAGCUUGACCUCCACUCACCUGGCAACCAGCCCCCGCUGUGGCAACCUGCUGCCCACCGAGCAGAUGUACACCGUCACCCUGCCGCACCACCCCACCAGGCACGUCAUGAUGCCCCGCCCCUUCUGCUUCGAGCCCGACAACCGCUACGUGAUGGCCAUCCGCUUCCAGCGCUACGGCGUCACCCAGCGAUACCAAACCGCCUUCAUGCGCGUCGACUCAGUGGUUCUGAUUCCUAAGUAUGAGGAGCUGCCGGGUCUGAGUGGCUCUGGUGGUGUGGCUGAGCAGCGGCGUAGUGACAUGGUGCGCUACAUGUGUGUGGACUCCUUCUUCAGCCCCCCCAUGCCCCGCCUGGCCGACACGUGCACCACGCUCAUCUGCUCCAUCUCACACAUCAUGCACAACGGGGCCCUGCCCUGUCACUGUGAUCCUCAGGGUUCUCUGAACAGUGAGUGUGAGCGAGUGGGCGGGCAGUGCCAGUGUAAACCAAACGUGAUUGGCCGUCGCUGCGAUCAGUGUGCUCCAGGGACCUAUGGCUUUGGACCGUACGGAUGCACCGCGUGUGAGUGCCACGCGGAGGGUUCCCUGGACCACCAGCAGUGCGACCCGCAGACGGGGCAGUGCCGCUGCCGCCACGGGGCCAUGGGACGCCAGUGCUCCGACUGCCAGCCGGGCCAAUGGGGCUUCCCCCACUGCAGACCCUGCCAGUGCAACGGACACACUGAGUCCUGCGACCCCCAGACUGGAGCCUGCAUCCAGUGCAGAGACUACACCGAUGGAUACCAGUGCGAACGGUGUGUGAAUGGUUUCUACGGCAACCCCGUGUUGGGGUCAGGAGACCACUGUCGGCCGUGUCCGUGUCCCGGCAACCCUGGUAGUCAGCAUUCCAAUGGAGAGUCCUGCUACGCCGACCACUCCAACAACCUGGUCAUCUGCAACUGCAGACAGGGAUACACAGGCUCACGGUGCGACCGCUGCGCCCCUGGCUACUUCGGCGACCCUGAGCGCGCGGGCGGGGAGUGCCGGCCAUGCCAGUGCAGCGGCAAUAUCGACCCCCAGGACCCCGAGGCCUGCGACCCCCGCACCGGCCAGUGCCUCAAGUGCCUCUACAACACACACGGCUAUGACUGCUCCGAGUGCAAGCACGGCUACUUCGGCAACGCCCUGGCUCAGGACUGCCGACGUUGCACGUGUGUGACGGCGGGGACGCGUCCUGAGUACUGCACCGAGGGCCUGUGCCACUGUGACCGCCAGACAGGCGCGUGCCCGUGCCGUCACAACAUCGAGGGCCACAACUGUGACCAGUGCGCCCCCAACCACUGGAACUUUGGCAUGGAGUGGGGCUGCGAGCCGUGCGGAUGCCACCCUCAUCACUCUCUCAGCAGUCACUGCAACAUGUUCAGUGGCCAGUGCCACUGUCAGCCUGGCUUUGGAGGAAAGCAGUGCACAGAGUGUGAGCAGCUGCACUGGGGUGACCCACGCGUGGAGUGUAGAGAGUGUAACUGCCACCCCCUGGGCUCCGAGUCCGCCCAGUGUGACCAUGUGACGGGCGCGUGCGAGUGCAGGGAGGGUGCGGCGGGGCAGCGGUGCGACGAGUGUGCCCGUGGCUACACGGGGGCGUUCCCCAAGUGCGUGCCCUGCCACCCCUGCUUCCAGCUGUGGGACGACAUUGUGUGCCAGGUGCGCCGCGACCUUGACUACAUUCGCAGCAAGGUCAAGAUGAUCCUGGAGACGGGCGUGGUGCCGGGGGUGAGCGACGCGCGCAUCCUCGAGCUGGAGAGGAAGCUGGAGCGGGUGCGAGAGCUGGUGAGGGGCGGAGACAGCGAGAGGCUCUACCACGCCAUCGCACAGUCCAUUGAUGACCUCAGGGCGGAGAUCGCGUUGACAGACGGGCGUCUGAUGGGCACGACGCGGGAUCUGAACCUGGUGGAGGAGCAGGAUCGGCACCUGAGGAGGAACCUGACCAGCAUGGAGGAGGAGCUCACCAGCCUCAACACCACCCUGGCCAGCUAUCGCAAGCAGCUCGAGAACUACCUCAGCGGAGGAUUCGCAGAUCAGUUUGAGAAGGUGAAGCGCUACUACCAGGAAUCCCAGGAUGCCGAGCGGCGCUGCAACGCGUCCGUGCAGGGUCCCGGGAGCCCCGUGGGCCAGUCCCACCGCACACGCGUCGAGACCCAGCAGCUGCUGGACAAGAACAAGGACCGCCUGCUGCGCUCGGCCACGGCCCACAAGAAGUCCCUCUCCGAGCUGGAGGACAAGGCCCACCACAUGGACCGCGAGGUCCGGCACCUCAGCAACAAGGUGUGCGGUGGCCAUAGUAACGCCAGUGCCAACGGCAGUUGCCCUGACAGUCCAUGCGGGGGCGCAGGUUGCCGUGACGAGGAUAACCAGCGGGUGUGUGGAGGUCCGGGCUGCAACGGUACUGUGAGUGCGGCCACCAGAGCGCUGACACGAGCCAAGGAUGCUACCGCUAACCUGACCGCCAUGGGGGAGGAGCUGCAGACCAUGUCUAAGAAGCUUCAUGAAGUUUUACGUAUGACGCAAGAUGUGAAAACCCAAGCCAUGAACACUUUGGAUAAGGCCAGGGAAAAGAAGGAUGUCUUCGAAAAGAACAACAAGAACCUCAAGGACUUCAUUCAGAAGAUCAGGGACUUUUUGACAGAGGAGGGAGCUGACCCCGAGAGCAUUGAGAAGGUGGCCCAGCAGGUGCUGUCCAUCUCGCUGCCGGUCAACAAGACCGUCAUGGACGACCUGGUGCACCAGAUCAAAGACAGCAUCGCCAACCUCACCGACGUGGAGGGCGUCUUCAACCACACCGCCCAGGAGCUGCAGAAGGCCCGGGAGCUGCUCGACAGGGCACAGGACGUCAAGAAUCGGGCUGAGGGUGUGAGGAAUGCCACCAGUGAGGCGGAGAAGAGCCUGCAGGCCUCCGAGAAGGCCAUUGAAGAAGCCAAGAACGCCACACAGACCGCCAUGACCAACCUCAACAGCACCAGAGAAGCCACCGCAAAGGUGGAGGACAAGCUGUCUGAUCUGGAGGAUAAGCAGAUGGACGCCAUGAUGCGUCUGGCCAACCUGACGGAGGAGAUUGAGGCCCUGAGGAACAAGAGCAGUCUCAACUGGGAGAUGGCCACGCAGGCCAAGGCCAUAGCAGACAACGCCACACAGGCCGCCGACGGACUACAGGAGGGUCUGAGUGAGGCGGAGCAGCGGUACGAUGAGCUGACGAAGAAGGUGGAGUCUCUGGGAGGUGGCGCCGUGGGGAACAUCAACCAGCGGGCCAAAGACAUGAAGAAGGAGGCCGACGACCUGCUCACUAAAGCCAAAGAGGGCAUCAAGAAACUUAAGAAGCUUGAGGAGAAGUUUAAGAAGAACAAGAAAAGGAUGGAGGACCAGCGUCUGGAGCUGUCGGAGCUGGAGAGCAACGUGACCAAAGUGAGGGAGCACAUCAGGGAGGAGGCACAACGAUUGGCCACCUGCGUCUAGAGAGAGAGCCAAUCAGCACCUCCACACACUCUACCACGCAUUCGCCAUGGGGUGCAUUUCAAUACCUUCCUCCAGUCAUUUCCUCUGGUCUUGUUCCUCGGUUCUCGCCCUUCCUCCCGUGGAUGAAACAAGGUUUCCCUGCUGUCAAGCGAUGUCAUCAAGCCUUUCAUCAUGACGGCUGGAGGAAGCGACCAUAGUGACGAAUUGAAAGGCUCUCUUUAAAAAAAAAAAAGACUCUAGAAUGUUACCAGUCAAAACCACUGUCGUGUCUUACUGUUGACCUAGUCAUAGAAUCCUAUCUUAGGGGCUGUUUAUACAUAUGUGGGUAUUUACGAUAAACGUAGACCUUUCCCUUCAUUUUCCCUCUAUAAACGAAGCUUCAAGAAAACUCAGGCAAAAGUCGAGAUUUUUUUUUAAAUUCCCUUUGAGCGUUUGUAUGUAAACAGAGAUAAACGGAGACUUUAAUGGCACUCUCCUUACCACGCACAGGCUUAACGUAUUUAUGACUGCUCUCAGCAGCCUAUUCCUGCGUAUUUGCCUAUGAUAUGAACGAAAGUAUUUUUUAAACGUAAAGAAGAAAAAUAUUUGUUUAUCAAAAUACCUGGGUAUGUAUAAACAGGCCCUUAUAUAGCUAUAUAUAUUUUUAUUGCCAUAAUGUAAGCUUACCAGAAUGCUGCUCAUGUCACUCCAUAAGCUGCUUUGAAGACUUGGACGAUGGGGAAAACUACUUUGGCAAUAUCAGCUCUGGACUUUUUUUAAGCAGUUUUUUCUUUUAUUAUCACCAUUCACACCUUUAUUUGCCAUUCACACUUGAAGAGCACACUGGGAAUGCUUCGAGGAGAGAAACCUUUUGUAUAAAGCUGAAAAAGAAAAAACCCAGGGACUUCAGUUUUUUUCCUGGUCGUUUUUUUAUAUUUUAGACACUUGGAAAAAUAUCCAGUGUUGUGAGUACAAUUGUAUGUCUCUGAACCACAAAACUUGUUACGUAAAUGAACAACUUUUACAUAGUUUCUUUUGUCACCUUGAAACACCUUCAUGUCUUAAUUAGCAUCAGUUUCAUUUUACUUUGUUACCUCUAAGGAUUGAAUGCCAAUUUGAACAGCAACACCUCUUCACUUUUUAAUGACACUGUACUGUACAAUGGGAGAGGUGAAUAAAAACUAACUACGUUGUUGCUGCCUUAUCAAAUCAGACAAGUGCACAGAGGAGAGGUAGCCUGGGAGAUCCCAUGCUGCUUUGUACGAUCGUUACGAUCUGCAUGGAUUCACCACCAAAAUUGGGGCCUGAGCAAGGGAGU